GUAACAAACUUGAUCCAGAAAAACAAAUCACAUCAGUCAUUUUGCCUCCGAGAACGGUAGCCAUACCAGAGUUACCAAAGAGAAUGGAUGAACCUUUCUCGGCCAUCAUAGACAAAGAUCAGGCGGCAGAAAUUUUGUCAUGGAUCGAUCCCGAAUCAUGUAUUCCGUGUGAAUUUCAAUUAAUACUAAGAGGAAGUCGUUAUGGAUUUAAUUUUCAAACUUUUCAGGGCAUGAUUCUAGGUCAUGAACGCACG